AUGUUGAUAGUAAAUGAUAUGUCCAUGAGUAAAGAUCUUCUAAACCAAACGAACUUCAAUGGAUCAAUGUUAGACAGUGAGUUAGUACUGUCUGUGAACGUUCCUGUAAUCCUGUUGAAAACGGUUGCCAUGACAAUUAUAAUGGCGACCGCCACCAUAGGGAAUUCGCUCGUGAUUUUAAGUGUAAAAAGGUUUGAAAAGCUACGAGGGAGAGUCACCAACUAUUUCAUCGUGUCUCUUGCAUUUGCCGAUAUCAUUGUUGCUAUUCUGGUUAUGCCGUUCAAUGCAAGCCAGGAAAUCACAGGAAAAUGGUUGUUUGGGAGAACUAUGUGUGACAUAUUUAACGCAAAUGAUGUAUUGUUUAGCACUGCUUCUAUACUGCAUCUUUGCUGCAUAAGCGUCGACCGCUACAUUGCCAUCAAUUAUCCACUCCAAUAUGACACCAAAAUGUCUUCACGUCGUGCAUGUGCAAUGAUUUUUGCUACAUGGAUAGCUUCGGCACUUAUAUCAUAUAUUCCCAUCCAUGCCCAGUUUUACACCACGCAAAAACAUUACAAACUUUUGGAACAAAACACGGAGUCGUGUUCCUUUCACGUGAACAAGAUUUACGCCAUUAUCUCUUCAAGUGUGUCAUUUUGGAUUCCGUGCACUAUAAUGGUUUUUGUGUAUUUUAGAAUAUUUAAAACUGCUCGUCGGCAAGAAAAUCAUAUUCGCUCCACCAGCUUCUAUCGUUACGAGUGCGCUGAAAAUUGCAAUUUUGACUCCCUUCUUCAAGUUCCAUCAAAAUCCAAGAAAAUGUCAGAGCGUACAAGAAUGAAACGUGAACACAAAGCGGCCAAAACGUUAGGAGUUGUAAUGGGUGCUUUUAUUGUGUGUUUUCUACCUUUCUUCUCGUGGUAUUUAAUAACCACUUUAUGUGCAGAAAAUUGUCCUUAUCCACCAAUAUUAGGCUCCAUUUUAUUUUGGAUUGGAUAUUUUAAUUCUUGUUUAAAUCCGAUAAUAUAUGCUUAUUACAAUUUGGAAUUCCGAACAGCGUUCAAACGACUUUUGAACUUGCGCAGUUCCCACGGUUCAUUUCCGAGUUGUUCUCUGGAAUAGAAUGAGUCGGAUGGUGAGAAUAAUACGUCCAAAUAUAUCGGAAGAAUGGAAUCCACAUUGACAAAUAUCUUUAAUGAUUGUAUCAUCAAGCCAGUAGUUCUCAGAAAUAUUUCAAAUAUCACGUAUAGAAAAUUGUUCGAAUGAAAUGGGACUAUCUUAGUAUCAAAAGUAAAAUACAUCACUAAGCGAU